CCACAGGGAAAGAGGAAAAUGAGAGGUUUGGCGAGCAACAGGAAAACCGCUAUGAGAACACAUUCCAGGCAGAGCAGGCUCUCUCUGUACGGGACAAUAAGGGGUGGGACAAAACUGUAUACUGGUUAAAAAAAAAAAAAGUAAUCUUGCCUUAAGAUCAGGACCAUAGUCAUCAACAAAAACGUGUUCUUAGUUAAUAUGAGCCGACUUGCAGUGAGCCUUGACUUGUGAAGCGGAAGGAGUCUGGUCUGGUUCCAGUUGUCGGUUUAUCAGCGCAGAUUUGGACCGAGAUGAGAUAGGCUUCAGCCCGCUGUUUGUCGGCCUCUGGCAACAGCACAGCAGUCAGUUCUUCCUUUUUUUUUAGCAAAGAUUUCCACUUCUUUUCACUUUUUGAGACGACUUUGUUCCUCUUACGAGUGAGUAGUUUAGGAGUUUUCGGAGUAAAAUCGAAAAUCUGCGGAGGAACUUUUUUCUCAGAAACGUCGGUUGGUUUGUGACCGAAGCAGGAAAGGAUGUGAGCUCUCCGCGGAUGAAACAUCUGCAAACCGAGCAUUUCAGACGAAACAUAAGGACAUUUACUCCAUUCCUGAAAUGAAGACGGUUUUGUUUUAAGCGUAUUUUUCUACUUUCACUUGAAAACACUUUCGCAGCGGAGGGACGCUUCACGUUAACUGUGACAUGGGAGACGUGCGGCGUUUGCGUCUGUCGAGUUAAAAGACGAGCAGGAAACAGAGAUGGGAAGCUCUGCUCUGCUAACAGUGGUGCUUGUCAGGGCGCUUCUGUGGAUCUUCGCUGUCCAUGCAGAGUCUGAGGAGGACACGAAGCUGCUCUGCACAUGUGAAAAUAUAAAGGGCACAUGUGUAAAUGGAACUUGCAGGGGAGAUAUCUGCUUCUACACCUGGGUGCGUGGCGAUGAGGAGAGGGGCUGUUUCUCGGCAGCUAACUACAAGGAGCAGUGUUUAACCAGAUUUGAUGGCUUGUAUGUCAACUGCUGCAAAACGCAUCAAUGCAACGCCCUCACCACACCACCUCCAGACAUCAAUGGACCGCCUCCAGAUGUCAGUCGUCCCGAGCUGUGGAUCCCUGUGUCCUUGAUGCUGUUAAUCAUGACUGCCAGUGUGUGUGGUCUCGUGCUGUUCCUGCGCUUCAGAAAGGCACACUGCAGACUGAAAAAUGCUGAAGACCAUGAUGUCACCAUGCUAAAGGUUCCAAAUGGAGAAGACCCCACAUACGGUGAAAUCUUUGAUGAGUUUUGUACAUCAGGGAGCGGGACUGGGCUGCCAUAUCUGGUCCAGAGGACUAUGGCAAGACAAAUAUCACUCGUCGAAUGUGUUGGUAAAGGCAGGUAUGGGGAGGUAUGGAGGGGAACUUGGAUGGGGGAGAGUGUGGCCGUCAAGAUCUUUUCCUCACGGGAUGAGCAGUCCUGGUUCAGAGAGACAGAGAUAUACAAUACUGUGCAGCUGCGACAUGACAACAUACUGGGUUUUAUAGCCUCUGACAUGACAUCCAAGAAUUCCAGCACCCAGCUGUGGCUCGUCACCCACUUCCAUGAGCUGGGUUCGCUGUACGACUUCCUGCAGUACAGCAGCCUGGAGCCUGAGAGCUGCCUGAGGAUGUGCCUGUCUGUGGCCUGUGGCCUGGUUCACCUCCACACUGAGAUUGUCAGCUCCCAGGAAAAGCCAGCUAUAGCCCACAGAGACCUGAAAAGCAGAAACAUCCUGGUAAAACGCAAUGGACAGUGCUGCAUUGCUGACCUAGGUUUGGCUGUGAUACACUCCCAGUCCCAUGACUACCUGGAUGUGGGCAACAACCCUCGGGUGGGGACCAAGCGCUACAUGGCUCCUGAGGUGCUGGACGAGACCAUUCGCAUGGAGGUCUUUGAGUCCUACAAGCAAACUGAUAUCUGGGCCCUGGGCCUGGUCUUCUGGGAAAUUUCCCGCCGAACUAUUGUCAAUGGAAUUGUAGAAGAAUACCGUCCUCCCUUCUUUGACCAGGUACCCUUAGAUCCCAGCUUUGAGGAGAUGAAGAAGGUGGUGUGUGUGGACCAGCAGAGGCCUUGCUUGCACAAUCGGCUCCAUUCCCACCCUAUCCUGACUGCCAUUGUGAAGAUCAUGAAGGAGUGUUGGUACCAGAGCCCACCAGCCCGCCUCACAGCCCUGCGGGUGAGGAAGACGCUCUCCAAACUGGACAACGAAAGUGACUUCUGCAUUGAGAAACUUAAGCGGGACAUAUAAAGCAGAAAAGCAGGAUGAAACAGGGACACAAGGUUAGAAAAAUAGGAUCGAAGGGUUAAUUCACUGCAUUCCAACUUUUCGAGGAGCAAAUCAUUAGCAUGUUUUAAGAUAAUGACUCACACCGUUACCAGAUUAGAUUAAAACCAGAUGACUCUGGGCAGUCGAGUCUAGACUGGCUCACACCUGAGGCUAUGCUUUUUGUGUAGCCUAAUUUUGCAGCGGCCAUAUAUCUAGUGCCUCAAACCAAGAGGCCCAUUAAGGAAAUUAUAAAGAACUUCAAUUUAUAUCACUCUAUUUUUCUUUUGGUUAUUUUCAGCUAAUAAAGAUUUUAGACAUUUCUACUACGAAAUAAUGGAUAGAUAACAAUUCACAGGCUGUUCUGCACACAAAUAGUUUUUAUUUAUUACUGUCAAAGUCUCCUGUAUUUGUGAGAGAGAGGUAAACUCUGCAGAACACAGUCAUUUAGCUUCUAGAGCCAUUUUCAUGCACUCCUUAAAAUGUCUAGAUAAUUUCAGGAGGACUGCUCCGGAUAUUCUCCUGACCUGGCUGUUCCCCAUAGUAAAGAUAAGGGACUUUCCAUUCUGGCUUUUCUUUGAGAGAUACAGUAAAAUUGCACUUAUGGGUUUUUUUAACCAAAAUGACCAAAGUCAUUAAGAACACAAAGGCCUUGUUUUUUUUUUUUUUCAAUGAAUACAGGAAAUAUUUAACAACAUGCUCAUACCAAAGCACAUAAUCUGUUGUGUAAGCACAUUUUACUCCAAUAGAUUGAGCAUCAUUUAUCUGCACACAGACACAUUGAGCUACGUAGUUGUACAUAUUCUAAGCAUUGAAGUAUCGUAUCAGCAAUGAGUUUAUUGUAAAUAUAUUUUAAUUGGGUCAUUAUAUUAUAUUAUUCAACAUCAAGACACAUUUUAUAUACUUUUUUACAUCACAACUUUUAAGAUAAUGUUUUACAUUUCUGUAGGCCAAAAAUGUACCAUCACUGUUACUAUGGUCAGUAGUAAGUAAUGCACAAACAGACAUGUAAUAUUGUAUAUGAUGAAUAAACCAUUGCAUUUUU